UGGACUGUGGCCCACACUUAUCAGUGGCGAGCAGCUGAUCUGUGUCUGGGACGGGCUGGACAGGGAGGGACGUAUUUUUUCCUGCUGUACAGGAGCAAAACUGAUCAAUUCAAAUAAAUAAAUGCAUAAGAAAAAGAGGACAGAGCUCACUUAUUUCAAUCUACCACAGGAGCAGGAUGGUGAAACAGCGCCGCGGCAGAGUGAACCCCCGCUGCGCGGCUGUUACUCCUCUUUGUUGCAGAAGAGGAUCGUGGAAGCAGCUUCGGGGUUACAGUGGGUGCGCCCUAUUUAUCAACCGGAGAAGCAAUCGACGCGCCGUGUAUUCGUGGUCGGCACAUUCUGUACACAUGAUGCGCCAUACAGACCCAAUGGGCAAGAAAACGAUUUCGACCAUACUCUCACCGAGCCUGCCAUCUUCGCCUCGGAGACCAGCUGCGACUGUCGAGCGCCUCACGAGAAGCUCAGCAUCACGCAGGCCCGCAGAGGCACCCCAGUGGACCGGCCGGUCAGAGUCUACGCAGAUGGCAUCUUUGACCUGUUCCACUCGGGCCACGCUCGUGCGCUUAUGCAGGCCAAGAACUUGUUUCCAAACACCUAUCUCAUAGUAGGAGUGUGCAGCGACGAACUGACCCACAAGUACAAGGGUUUCACGGUCAUGACGGAACACGAGCGCUAUGAAGCCCUGAGGCAUUGCCGCUACGUGGACGAAGUCCUGAGAGAUGCACCGUGGACUCUCACGCCGGAGUUCCUGGAGAAACACAAGAUCGAUUUUGUGGCUCAUGAUGAUAUCCCGUACUCCUCAGCAGGAUCUGAGGACGUUUACAAACACAUCAAAGAAGCAGGGAUGUUCGUGCCCACGCAACGGACGGAGGGGAUCUCCACCUCUGACAUAAUUACUAGAAUCGUCAGAGACUAUGAUGUCUACGCCCGACGCAACCUGCAGCGCGGCUACACAGCUAAAGAGCUCAACGUCAGCUACAUCAACGAGAAGAAGUAUCGGCUACAGAACCAGGUAGAUCGCAUGAAGGAAAAGGUUCGAAACGUCGAAGAAAAGAGUAAACAUUUUGUUUACCGUGUGGAGGAGAAGAGUCACGAUCUCAUCCAGAAAUGGGAAGAAAAGUCUAGAGAAUUCAUUGGCAACUUCUUAGAACUUUUUGGACCUGAUGGGACCUGGAAACAAGUAUUUCAGGAGCGCAGUGGUCGGAUGCUGUCCUACGCUCUGUCGCCCAGAGAAUCGCCCUGCAACAGCCCCCCGCGUGAACUGUCCCCGCUGCGCUCCCCGUCCCCUCCGUCGCCCCCCGCCCGCUGGUACAACGCCCGGCCCUCGCCCCCCGCCUCCCCCAAAGGCGCAUCGGCCUCGAUGAGCAGCAUGAGCGAAGGCGACGAAGACGAGAAGUAGAUGGAUUCAGACAGAAACGUUUCACUUCAUGGUACACUGCCUGGGAACACCUCACCAAACAGGAACAAAACAAAACAACAGAACCAGGUUUCCUCAAAGACGUUGCAGAUUUGCAAUGCUGACAUUGAUCAGGGGAACUGUGGUCCGAACCCGUGGAGCUAAUAAAAAAGCCAUCGUUCUCUGGAGAGCCAAGCAGAUAAAAAAAAAGGGUGAGAUGCGAAGACUAGGAUGUGGAUUUGUUCGAUGUAUUUAAUGACUCUAUUUUCUACAAGGACAGGAAUCCUGUGCAAUAUCUGUGAAGAGGACUUGCUUUGGAUUGUCCAGGACUAAUACAGACACUCAAUCAACCUACUUAUAAUAUCACUGGGUUGUUUCUUGUCCUGCUUUUUGUCCUUACUUUGUAAGAUGCCAUCCUUCCAUAAGUUUCACUCUAGAAACCCCCAAACUUAGAGCUUAGAAUAGCAGAACAGAUACAACGGGCAACACAAAACACAUCACAAAUGCUAGUUUGGACCAUUUUUAUUUAUAUAAUACCCCCCCAAGAAACAGUUCAAGCUGUACUAAUAAGAUCCUUUUGCUUUUUUUAAAGUACUUUUUAAUUAUUAUUCAAAUCAAAAUUCACAUUCACAAAUUUGAUGACACCACUGGUAAAGAUGAAUCAAAAGUCCUAAUAUGCAAAAGCUUAAAUUCAUAAUGAAAAAAAAAGCUGAAUGAUCCAACCUCUAAUUUGACUAUUAUUUCUUCAGUAAAAGAGCAAAUUUUGUGUUAAAAAUAUUGUUUUUCAACAAAACAAUGUCUGGCACAGUACCUCUUUGCACAAUCUUCGUACCCAGAGUCCUGGGGUUCUCCAUGACGUUCUUAUGGAUCUCUCUCCUCCAAUGGUUUCCUGUGGGUCAUACAGUCAAACACUGAAAAUGGGAAUGAAAGAAGAAUGUUUUUGUGUCUGGGGAACCAUUUCUGUAUUGAUUUGGCUGUUUAUUUUUGGCUUAUCCUCCAGUGAGCGAGAUGUUCUUCAGUGUAUUUAUCCUUGAAGCCAAUCCUUUUUACAGAGAAGAUCAAUGUUAGUUUUGUUGUACCUGAUAGCAAGACAAAUGCUCUCAUCCUAGUGGCGUAGAGAUAUAGGCAUGUGUCUCAUGCCAUAUUUAUGCUUAAAGGAAACAAAAACUCACAGAAACUUUUUUUUUAAAGUAUUGCAUAAAUUCAAAAAAAAAUCCUCCUUCCUUGGUUGCUAUUAUUUUAAAGAAAUUAUUGUCAAUAUCACAAAUUGUGCCUCUGGGUGUUUUGUUGAAAACAAUGUCAAAACAAAGUCUUUAAAUAUGACAUCACACUGCUAUAAUAAAUUAUUUUACUUUGAGACUUUUUAAGCAUCUUUUCUAGGGGUGCCAACCAGAUUGUCUGCAUCUGUAUAAUUUAUUGCACCAUGCAUUCUUUUAGUCUUUGAAUAUAUUGAUGUCAGCUGUCCAUAGAAAAACAGACGAUACUUGAAUUGUGUUAAAAAAAAAAAAAAGUAAAAC